AUGAAGCAUUUGUUAGAGAUAGACAGUGAGGGUGACGAGAAUUCUCGAGUUCAGCUCGAGAUGUUAGAAGGUGCAAAAUCAAUGGGUGCCGGAGUUGCUACAAUUGCUUCCCGUAUUGCAAACAUUCUUAGUUCCUCGAUUUAUUCCGUGGAGCGACAUCCAUUAGUGGCCAAACAAUCAUUUGGUACUGUCAUUUUGGGCUUUGCUCUAACUGAAGCUAUUGCAUCACUUGCCCAACGAUGA